GGUGCUGAAAUACCCGUUACCUGGGUAAGGGGCGCUGCGCCGCCCGCGUCAGCCGCCGCUCGGGCUCCUUCCCCACCCCUUCCUCCUCCUCCCGCGGCGGCUCACUCGGCUGGCAGGGCGGCGGGGGCCGGCAGCCACGGGGGGGCAUGAGGGACCGCCGCUGACACCGGGCACCGAGACCGCCGCCACAGGAGCCAUGAAGCGUCACCCUGCUGCCAGCAAUGUUCUGCUUCUCCUCUUCUUCCUGGAGCUGGUCUCUCUGGGUUGGGGCAAUCGGCUGCCGUACUUCAUAAACUACUUCUUUGACACCUACCUGCUGAUCAAUGAGGAUACUCCUGUGGGUUCCUCAGUAACCCAGCUGCUGGCUCGGGACCUGGACAACGAUCCGCUGGUCUUUGGUGUGGUUGGUGAGGAGGCCAGCCGGUUCUUCGCUGUGGAGAGCAUGACUGGUGUUGUCUGGCUCCGGCAGCCCUUGGACAGAGAGACUAAGUCAGAAUUCACGGUUGAAUUUUCUGUCAGUGACAGCCAAGGGGUGAUCAAAGGGACAGUCAACAUCCAAGUGGGAGAUGUGAAUGACAAUGCCCCACGGUUCCACAACCAGCCCUACAGUGUUCGCAUCCCGGAGAAUACACCUGUGGGCACUCCGAUUUUCAUAGUGAACGCCACAGAUCCAGAUCAGGGGGCAGGAGGCAGCGUGCUUUAUUCCUUCCAGCCUCCUUCUGAUUUCUUUGCCAUCGACAGUGGCCGUGGCAUCGUGUCGGUGAUACGGGAGCUGGACUAUGAAGUGACUCAGGCAUACCAGCUCCAGGUCAAUGCAACGGACCAAGAUAAAAACAAGCCACUGUCUACUCUGGUUAACCUGGCAAUCACCAUCACGGAUGUGCAGGACAUGGACCCCAUCUUCAUCAACCUGCCCUACAGCACGAACAUUUAUGAGAACUCACCUCCGGGUACCACCGUGCGGAUGAUAACAGCUAUAGACCAGGACAAGGGCCGUCCGCGGGGCAUCGGCUACACCAUUGUCUCAGGUAACACCAACAGCAUCUUUGCACUGGACUACAUCAGCGGGGCCUUAACCCUGAAUGGGCUGCUGGACCGGGAAAACCCCUUCUAUACUGCUGGGUUCAUCCUCACAGUGAAGGCAACAGAGCUGAACGAUGACCGCACACCCUCCAACGCCACUGUCACCACCACCUUCAACAUCCUAGUCAUCGACAUCAAUGACAAUGCGCCUGAGUUCAACAGCUCGGAGUACAGUGUGGCCAUCCCAGAGUUGGCCCAGGUGGGCUUUGCCCUUCCGCUCUUCAUCCAGGUGCAGGAUAAAGAUGAGGGACCCAACAGUGUUUUUGAGGUUUACUUGGUGGGCAACAACUCCAACCACUUCAUCAUCUCACCAACCUCCAUCCAGGGGAAGGCAGACAUCCGCGUCCGUGUGGCUGUGCCACUUGACUUUGAGACCAUUCCUCGCUAUGAAUUUUCGCUCUUCGCAAAUGAGAGCGUUCCAGACCAUGUUGGCUUCGCACGUGUGAAGAUUAACCUCAUCAACGAGAACGACAAUCGCCCCAUUUUCAGCAAGGCCCUGUACAAUGUCAGCCUGUUUGAGAACGCCACCGUGGGCACCACCGUCCUCCAGGUCCACGCAACUGACAAUGACGUGGGCACAUACGGGAAAGUCAGUUAUUUUUUCAGCGAUGACCCUGACCAUUUCUCACUGGACAAGGACACAGGCAUAAUCCUCCUGACAGCUCGGCUAGACUUUGAGACCAUGCAGCGCUACACCCUGACCGUCAUCGCCCGGGAUGGCGGUGGGGAGGAGACGACGGGACGCGUCAGGAUCAAUGUCCUUGAUGUUAAUGACAACGUCCCCACCUUCCAGAAGGAGGCAUACCUGGGGGCUCUGCGGGAGAACGAGCCCUCCGUCACCCAGGUGGUCCGGCUCCGGGCAUCUGAUGAAGACUCCCCUCCAAACAACCAGAUCACAUACAGCAUUGUGCAGGCAUCUGCCUUUCAAGAUUACUUUGACAUUACAGUGUCAGAAGGGUAUGGAGUGAUCAGCGUGAACCACCCCCUUGACUAUGAGCAGGUGGCCAAUGGGGUUAUUUACCUGACUGUGAUGGCCAAGGAUGCUGGGAACCCACCGCUCAACAGCACCGUCCCCGUCACCAUAGAGGUGUUUGAUGAAAAUGACAACCCCCCCACAUUCAGCAAGGCCUCCUACGUUAUAACCAUCAUGGAGGACAUUAUGGCAGGAGCCACGGUGCUGUUUCUCAAUGCCACUGACAUGGACCGGUCCAGGGAAUACGGGCAGGAGUCGAUCAUCUACUCCCUGGAGGGCUCCUCACAUUUUCGGAUCAAUGCUCGCUCAGGAGAAAUCACAACGACAUCUUUGCUGGACCGGGAGGCCAAAUCUGAAUACAUCCUCAUUGUCCGGGCAGUGGAUGGAGGCGUGGGCCACCAUCAGAAGACAGGCAUUGCUAUGGUAAACAUCACACUGCUGGAUAUCAAUGACAACUACCCCACGUGGAAGGAUGCGCCAUACUUCAUUAACCUGGUGGAAAUGACCCCCCCCAACUCGGACGUCACCACAGUGGUCGCUGUCGACCCGGACCUGGGGGAGAACGGCACAGUGGUGUACAGCAUCCGACCCCCCAACAAGUUCUACAGCAUCAACAGCACCACGGGCAAGAUCCGCACCACCGGUGUGCUACUGGACCGUGAGAACCCCAACGCCCAGGAGGCCCAGCUCAUGCGGAGGAUCGUGGUGUCAGUCACUGACUGCGGGAGGCCACCCUUGCGAGCUACCAGCAGCGCCACGGUUUUCGUCAACCUGCUGGACCUGAAUGACAAUGACCCCACUUUCCAAAACCUGCCCUUUGUUGCUGAGAUCGCUGAAGGCCUUCCUGCAGGCUCCUCUGUCUUCCAGGUAGUGGCCAUCGACCUGGACGAGGGUCCAAACGGACAGGUGACAUACCGCAUGCAGGUGGGGAUGCCCCGCAUGGAUUUCCUCAUCAACAGCACCAGCGGGCUCGUCACCACCACCACAGUGCUGGACAGGGAGAGGAUCGCUGAGUACUACCUGCGGGUGGUGGCCAGUGAUGCUGGUGUGCCCUCCAAGAGCUCCACCAGCACCCUGACUGUCAAAGUUCUGGACGUGAACGAUGAGAACCCCACCUUCUUCCCUGCCGUCUACAACGUGUCGUUGCCUGAAAAUGUGGCCCGGGAUUUCAAAGUGGUCCGGCUCAACUGCACGGAUGCUGACGCUGGGCUGAACGCUGAGCUCAGCUACUUCAUCACAGGUGGGAACCAGGAUGGCAAAUUCAGCGUUGGCUUCAGAGAUGGGGUGGUCAGGACAGUCGUGAGUCUGGACAGGGAGACUGUGGCAUCGUAUACACUGAUCGUGGAGGCCAUUGACAACGGCCCCACUGGGAACCGGCGCACUGGGACUGCCACGGUGUAUGUGACUGUCCUGGAUGUCAAUGACAACCGACCCAUCUUCCUUCAGAGCAGCUAUGAAGUCAGCGUCCCUGAGGACAUCCCAGCUGCCAGCAGUAUAGUGCAGGUGAAAGCCACAGAUGCGGAUGAAGGCAUUAACGGGAGAGUGUGGUACAGGAUUGUCAAGGGAAACGAGCACAACAACUUCCGUAUCAAUCCCAGCACGGGGUUGGUGAUGCGAGGAGUGCGGCACCUUGACAGGGAGCAGAACUCCUCUCACAUCCUGGAGGUGGAGGCCUACAACACAGAGCAGGGACCUAUGAGGAGCUCCGUGCGGGUGAUCAUCUACGUGGAAGAUGUCAAUGAUGAAGUGCCAGUCUUCACCCAGCGGCAGUACAACCGCCUGGGGCUGCGGGAGACAGCAGGGAUAGGGACUUCAGUGGCAGUGGUCCGGGCCACUGACCGAGACACAGGUAACGGUGGUCUGGUGAACUACAGAAUCCUGUCAGGGGCAGAAGGGAAGUUUGAGAUUGAUGAGAGCACUGGCCUCAUCACAACGAUCGAGUACCUGGACUAUGAGACCAAAACCAGUUACCUGAUGAAUGUCUCUGCCACGGACCAAGCACCUCCCUACAAUCAGGGCUUCUGCAGCGUGUACGUCAGCCUGCUGAAUGAGCUGGAUGAGGCUGUGCAGUUCUCUAACAGUAGCUAUGAGGCCGUGAUCAUGGAGAACAUCCCCUUAGGCUCUGAGGUGCUGCGGGUCCAUGCCCGCUCCAUUGACAACCUCAACCAGAUCACCUACAAGUUUGACCCCAAUACCAAUCCCCAGGCACUCUCCCUCUUCAAAAUCAAUGGGAUCACUGGUGUGAUCACGGUCAAAGGCCAGGUGGAUCGAGAGAAAGGGGAUUUCUACACCUUGACGGUGGUGGCUGAUGAUGGAGGACCAAAGAUUGACUCUACGGUGGUGACCAUCACGGUCCUGGAUGAGAACGAUAACAGCCCCCAGUUCGACAUCACCUCCGAUUCGUCCGUGAGCGUGGCAGAGGACAGUGCUGUUGGCAAGCGUGUGGCUCUGGUCCUUGCCCGUGACCCAGAUGCAGGCAGCAACGGGCAGGUGACUUUCUCGCUGGCUUCAGGGAACAUUGGCCAAGCUUUCGAGAUCCGUACCACCAACGGUACCUAUGGAGAGGUGUUUGUGGCACGGCCACUGGACCGGGAGCUGCUGGAUCACUACACCUUACGAAUCCAAGCCUCGGAUGGUGGUGUGCCUCCCCGGAGGAAGGAGCACACUCUGCGAGUGAGCAUCCUUGAUGUCAAUGACAACCCCCCUAUCAUCGACAGCCCCUUCGGCUACAAUGUGAGCGUGAGUGAGAAUGUUGGCGGUGGCACAGCAGUGGCCCAGGUACGUGCCACUGACCGGGACAUCGGCCUCAACAGUGUCCUCUCCUACUACAUCACCCAUGGGAAUGAGGACCUGACUUUCCGCAUGGACCGUGUCACCGGCGAGAUUGCCACCCGGCCCUCCCCACCAGACCGCGAGCGGCAGAGCUUCUACAGCCUGGUGGUCACUGUUGAGGACGAGGGCAACCCCUCCCUGUCGGCUACCACCACAGUGUACGUCACCGUCCUGGAUGAGAAUGACAACGCACCCACUUUCCAGCAGCAGCUGUAUGAGGUGACCCUUGAUGAAGGCCCUGCCACACUCAAUGCCACGCUCAUCACUGUGCAGGCUCUGGACCAGGAUGAAGGACCCAAUGGCACAGUUACAUACGCCAUCACUGAAGGCAACAUCUUGGGCACAUUCCACAUCGACAGUGCCACGGGGCAGAUUAGCACAGUGAAAGAGCUGGACUAUGAGAUCAGCCAUGGGCGCUACACCUUGAUUGUCACUGCCACUGACCAGUGCCCCAUCAUCUCACGACGGCUGACAUCGACCGCCACGGUGCUGGUGAACCUCAAUGACAUCAACGACAACUGUCCCACUUUCCCGCGGCCCUACGAGGGUCCCUUCGAUGUCACGGAGGGGCAGCCUGGCCCACGUGUCUGGACCUUCCUGGCCCACGACGGUGACUCGGGACCCAACGGGCAGGUGGAGUACAGCAUCAUCGCCGGGGACCCCCUCGGGGAGUUUGUAAUCUCCCCGGUGGAAGGGGAGCUGCGGGUGCGGAAGGAUGCUGAGCUGGACCGUGAGAACAUCCCCUUCUAUAACCUCACCAUUGCUGCCCGGGACCGGGGGGUGCCCCCCCUCAGCUCCACGAUCCUGGUGGGUGUCCGUGUGCUGGACAUCAAUGACAAUGAUCCUGUGCUCCUCAACCUCCCAAUGAACAUCACCCUCAGUGAGAACGCCCCUGUCUCCAGUUUCGUUACCCGCAUCCUUGCCCGGGAUGCAGACCAGGGGCCAAACGCUCUCCUGACCUUCGACAUAACAGCAGGCAACACAGAGAAUGCCUUCUACAUCAACAGCACUAGUGGCAUUGUGUAUGUAAACCGCCCACUGGACCGGGAGCAGGUGGCGGAGUACAGGCUGACCGUCACAGUGAAGGACAACCCUGAGAACAUACGCAAUGCCAGGCGGGAUUUUGACCUGCUGGUCAUUUCCAUAGCAGAUGAGAAUGACAACCGCCCUCUCUUCACCCAAAGCUCCUAUCAGGCCGAGGUGAUGGAGAACUCAUCCCCGGGGACUCUGAUCACGGUGCUCAAUGGACCCAUCCUAGCUCUGGACAGUGACCAAGGCAGCAACGCCAUAGUGACCUACCAGUUCUUGGAGGCAUCCCUAGACUUCUUUGUUAUUGACAACAGGACAGGUGUCAUUUCGGUGAAGCCCGGCAGUGUGAUAGACCGAGAGGCUUUACUGGACCCUUGCCUGGAGUACACGCUGGUAGCUCGUGAUGUAGGGGGGCUGAACAGCACCGCCAGCCUGGCAGUGACCAUCCUGGAUGACAAUGACAACCGCCCCAUUUUCCAGCCAGCAUCCAUCACGGCACGGCUGUUGGAGAACAGCCCCCCAGGCUUCUCUGUCCUCCAGGUGAUGGCAACGGAUGCUGACAGCGGCCUAAACCAGCAGCUGGAUUACCGGAUUGAAGGUGGUGGCCAAGACAAGUUCCUGAUUGACGCCACCACAGGAGUGAUCCGCGUGGCUAACAUCAGCAUCGAUCGGGAGGAGCGGGAUGCCUAUCGGUUGAUGGUGGUGGCUGUGGACCAGGGCACGCCAGCACUCUCAGGCACUGCCACUGUCAGCCUCUUCAUCGACGACGUCAACGACUGCCGUCCCGAAUUCAUCAACCCCAUCCAGACGGUUAGCAUCCCUGAGUCAGCCGCGCCUGGCACCGUGGUGGCUGAGAUGACUGCCAUUGACCGGGACCUCCACCCUCGCCUGGAGUACUACUUGCUGGAGAUCGUGGCCCGCGAUGACACAGAUGCAAUAGUGCCCGGACAGCAAGGAGUGUUUGCAGUGGAUUUUAGGACAGGAGCUGUGAAGAUCAAAAGUCCCCUCAACCGGGAACUGGUGGCCACCUACGAGAUCACCAUCUCUGUCCAUGACAAUGCCAGUGAAGUCAUCGACCGCUCAGUCAGCGUGCCCAAUGCCAAGCUGACAGUCAAUGUCUUGGAUGUCAAUGACAACACCCCCCGCUUCCGCCCCUUUGGCGUCACCUAUUUCACUGAGAAGAUCCUGGAGGGAGCCACAGAGGGCACCACGCUCAUCUCCAUCUCAGCAGUGGACCCGGACAAAGGUGCCAAUGGGCAGAUCACCUACGAGCUGCUGAACCUCUCCCCAGAAGGCUACGCUUGUCUUGAAGACCAGUCGGCAGGGAAGGUUGUGGCCAACAGGACGGUGGACUACGAGGAGGUGCAGUGGCUGAACUUCACUGUCCGAGCUUCUGACAACGGCUCUCCUCGCAGAUCUGCUGAGAUCCCUGUGUACCUCCAGAUAGUGGACAUCAAUGACAACAAUCCCAUUUUCAGCCAGCCGUCCUACCAGAAAGCUGUCUUUGAGGACGUGCCACUGGGUACAGUCAUCCUGACGGUCAAGGCCACAGAUGCAGAUUCUGGGCGGUUUGCUCUCAUCCAGUACAGCCUGGGAGACGGAGAGGGCAAGUUUGGGAUAAAUCCCAAUACGGGUGACAUCUACAUCCUGUCAGCCCUGGACCGGGAGAAGAAGGAUCACUACACGCUGACAGCUGUGGCCAGAGACAACCCUGGGGACAUCUCCAGUAACCGUCGGGAGAACUCUGUGCAGGUGCUGAUCACAGUCCUGGACAUCAAUGACUUCAGGCCCCAGUUCAGCAAGACCCAGUUCAGCACCAGCGUCUAUGAGAAUGAGCCAGCAGGGACAUCCGUGAUCACCAUGACUGCCACAGACCUGGAUGAAGGGGAUAACGGCAUCGUGACCUACAGCAUUGAGGGCCCCGGAGCUGAGGCUUUUAAGAUCAAUAAAGACUCCGGGCUUGUCACGUCCCGGCGACGCUUGAAGUCCUAUGAGAGGUUCAACCUGACCGUGGUGGCCACGGACAAGGGGCAUCCCCCUCUCUGGGGGACUACCAUGCUCCACAUUGAGGUCAUCGACAUCAAUGACAACCGUCCUGUCUUUGUCCGCCCACCCAACGGCACCAUCCUGCACAUCAAGGAGGAGAUCCCCCUGCGGUCCAAUGUCUACGAGGUCUACGCCACGGAUAAAGAUGAGGGCCUCAACGGAGAGGUGCUCUACAACCUGCUGAAAACUGGGGCAGGGAACAAAGACUGGGAGUAUUUCACCAUCGACUCGGUCAGCGGGCUGAUCCAAACGGCCAUGCGGCUGGACAGGGAGAAGCAGGCGGUGUACAACCUGAUCAUCGUGGCCUGCGACCAGGGACAGCCAGCCUACGAGACCAUGCAGCCCCUCCAGGUUGCGCUUGAUGACAUUGAUGACAACGAGCCCCUCUUCCUCAGGCCACCUAAGGACAGUCCCCAGUACCAGGUCCUCUCCGUCCCGGAGCACUCACUGCCAGGCACUGUGGUGGGGAACGUCACCGGGGCGGUGGAUGCAGAUGAGGGCUCCAAUGCCAUCGUCUACUACUUCAUAGCAGAUGGGAACCAGGAGAACAAUUUCCAGCUGAGCCGAGAGGGGAAGCUAAAGGUCUUGCAAGACCUGGACCGGGAGAAGGAGCCGUACUACUCCAUCAUCGUCAAAGCAUCCAGCCAGAGGAAUUGGACCCCUCCCCAAGGCCAGCAAGCAGGCAGAGCCCAGCUCUGGGAUCUUAGUGGGGAUCUGACCCUUCAGGAGGUGCGAAUUCUCCUGGAUGACAUCAAUGACCAAUCCCCUCAGUUCACCAAGUCAGAGUACACAGCGGGGGUUGCCACUGAUGCCAAGGUGGGAUCAGAGCUGAUCAGAGUGGUUGCAGUGGAUGCCGAUAUAGGCAAUAACAGCCUGGUCCUGUACAACAUCUUGGGCAUCCGCUACAUCAAGCAGCACUCCAAUGACUCUGAGGAGGUGGCCAACAUCUUCACCAUAGGAACCCUUGAUGGGAUCCUGCGAACCUUUGACCUCUUCACGGCUUACAACCCUGGCUACUUUGUGGUGGACAUCAUGGCCUCUGACCUGGUGGGCCACAACGACACAGCCAUUGUGGGGAUUUACAUCCUGCGAGACGACCAGCGGGUCAAGAUCAUUAUCAACGAGAUCCCAGACAAAGUCAGGCAGUUCGAGGAGGAGUUCAUCAGCCUGCUCUCCAACAUCACGGGUGCUAUUGUCAAUACAGAUGACGUGCAGUUCCAUGUUGACAAGAAAGGUCGGGUGAACUUCGCACAGACAGAGCUGCUGAUACAUGUGGUGAACAGGGAGACCAACCGCAUCCUGGACGUGGAGCGGGUGAUUCAGAUGAUAGAUGAGAACAAGGAGCAGCUGAGGAACCUCUUCAGGAACUACAAUGUAUUGGACGUGCAGCCCGCCAUCACUGCCCAGGCCCCAGAUGACCUCUCAGCUCUGCAGAUGGUGAUCAUUGUGCUGGCCAUCCUGCUCUUCCUGGCUGCCAUGCUCUUCAUCCUCAUGAACUGGUACUACCGGACAGUGCACAAAAGGAAAUUGAAAGCCAUAGUGGCUGGCUCCACUGGAAACAGAGGUUUCAUGGACAUCAUGGACAUGCCAAACACCAACAAGUACUCCUUUGAUGGGGCCAACCCGGUAUGGCUGGACCCCUUCUGCAGGAACAUGGAGCUGGCAGCACAGGCAGAGCACGAGGAUGACCUGCCGGAGAACCUGAGUGAGAUCACUGACCUCUGGAACAGCCCUGCCCGCACCCACGGGACCUUCGGGAGAGAGCCCUCUGCGGCCAAGCCCGAGGAUGACCGCUACCUGCGGGCAGCCAUCCAGGAGUACGACAACAUCGCCAAGCUGGGGCAGAUCAUGCGGGAAGGGCCCAUCAAGGGCUCUCUGUUGAAGGUGGUCCUGGAUGAUUACAUGCGCUUGAAAAAACUCUUUGCCCAGCGGAUGGUGCAUAAGGCCACCGCCAGUCAGGGGGACCGCUCCUCGGUCUCGGAGCUGAUCCAGAAGGAGCUGGAGGAGGAAGAGGAGGAGCGCAGCCCCAGCCAAGGCAGCCUCCGCUUCCGUCACAAGCAGCCGGUGGAGCUGAAAGGUCCUGAUGGCAUCCACGUGGUGCACGGCAGCACGGGCACACUGCUCGCCUCUGACCUCAACAGCCUACCCGAGGACGACCAGAAGGUGCUGGGUCGCUCGCUGGAGACUCUGACCACUGACUGCGGGGGCUACAGUGACCACAAUGCCCGCACCGAGUCGGCCAAGUCCACCCCCCUGCACAAGAUGCGGGAGGCGAUCAUGGAGAGCCCUCUGGAGAUCACUGAGUUAUGACGAGCAGUGCUGGUGGUGGUGCUCCUCUAGGCAAGCUGGGGCCGGCGGGGUUGAAGCACAGAUCAGGGGGUUGUGGUGAGGGCCAGGGGUACCCCAAGACCAGUGCUUGGCCCCCCCUUCCCCUGCACGAGUCCAGGCCAACCGGUGCACAUAGCUCCGGCAGCCUUGGAGAGCUUGGCCCCAGGAAAGGGCUCUCAGGACUGGUAUGCUUUUACUCGCCUGUCAUUUAUCCAUGAAAGCAUUAUUUUUUUUUAUUAUUUUUUCUUAUUAAAAAGGGGUUUUUUUAAGAAAAAAAAACAAAAAAAAAAGCAAAAUGAAUCCAAUGAGUCCAGGCUGGACAGGGGUGAAGGUGCAGCAAAGGUGCAGAUGAUGUGCCGCAUCCUCGGGUGCGGACUGGGGACAAGCAGCCAUCAUACCUCAACCACAGGCACAGGGAGGGCCAGGCAGCGUGAGGAGAGGCCAAGUCCAUUUGGCAUUAACGGCACCUUUCCAGCAAGGAAAGACCCAGAAAAAAACCCAAACCAAACCUGAAAACUUUUCUCCAUUUUGCUGGCUUUACCAAAACAUGUUGCGAUGUUGAAAGAGACUGACAAUAACUGGGGCUUCUGGAUGUGGAGUGCUCGUGCGUGUCUUUUCUUGCCCUUUUCUUUCCCCUUCUCUCUUUAUUUUGGGUUCAUUCGUUUGGGGAUUUGUUUCCAAUCGUAACCUUGUGGAGAGUUUCGGGCACGAUCUGUUACGGGACUCAGAAAUACACUGUCUAUGGCUUUGGGUAA